AUGGAUCCAAUGGAAGUCGAAGUACCUGAUAUUUCUACACUUUUUAAAAGAGAUCCUUGGCUUCAGCCAUACGAAAAAGAAAUUAGAAAAAGAUAUGCAAUAUUUAAAGAUUUUUUGGAUAAAAUUGUCGAAAAGGAAGGAAGCAUAGAAAAAUUUUCAGAAGGGUACAAAUAUUAUGGAAUGAUAUUUAAUGAAGAUAAUUCUGUAACUUGCAGAGAAUGGGCCCCAGGAGCUUCUGAACUUUAUUUAAUGGGAGAAUUCAAUAACUGGAACAGGAAUAGUCACAAAUUUGAAAAAUUACCUUAUGGAAAAUGGGAGUUAACCUUACCUCCUAAUCCUGAUGGUUCAUGUUUAAUAACUCAUUUAUCUGAAACUAAGUUAAUUGUUCGCAAUCAAAAUAAUGAAGAACUGGAAAGGUUAUCUCCAUGGGCUUCAUAUGUAGUUCAACCACCAGAAAAUGAAGGUUAUCUUUUUAAACAGAAAGCUUGGAAGCCAAAUGCUCCAUAUAAAUUUAAAUACGAUAAAGUUAAAAGACCUGAAAGUCUUAGAAUAUAUGAAUGCCAUGUUGGUAUUGCAUCUUCUGAACCGAAAAUUGGAACCUACAAAGAAUUCGCUAAUAACAUCAUUCCCAGAAUCACAAAAUUAGGGUAUAAUGCUAUCCAAUUAAUGGCUGUCAUGGAGCAUGCAUAUUAUGCUUGUUUUGGAUAUCAAGUCACCAGUUUUUUUGCUGCUUCCAGUCGAUUCGGAACGCCAGACGAUCUAAAAGAACUUGUUGAUGCUGCUCACGCUGCUGGAUUGUAUGUCUUAUUAGACAUCAUUAAUUCUCAUGCUUCAAAAAAUACUUUGGAUGGAUUGAAUCAAUUCGAUGGAACUGAUAGUUGUUAUUUUCAUAGUGGUUCAAGAGGAGUUCAUCAGCUUUGGGAUUGCAGAAUGUUUAAUUUUUCAGAAUAUGAAGUUGUCAGAUUUUUAUUGUCAACGUUAAGAUGGUAUAUUGAUGAAUAUAAUUUUGACGGUUAUCGGUUUGAUGCCAUCACGGCCAUGUUAUACCACAGUAGAGGAAUCGGGGAAGGAUUUAGUGGAAAUUACGAUGAAUAUUUCGGUUUAAAUGUAGAUACGGACGCUAUUGUCUACUUAAUGUUGGCAAACCACAUGCUUCAUAAAAUGUAUCCCGAUGUAGUAACUAUUGCUGAAGAUGUUUCAGGAAUGGCCAGUCAAUGCAGACCCGUAGAAGAGGGUGGAAUCGGUUUUGAUUACCGUUUAGGAAUGGCAAUUCCUGACAAGUGGAUAAAAUUAUUAAAAGAAGUGAGAGACGAAGACUGGAAUAUGGGAAAUAUUGUUCACACUUUAACUAACAGACGAUGGAUGGAAAAAACGAUUGCAUACGUUGAAAGUCACGAUCAGGCUUUAGUUGGGGAUAAAUCAGUUGCCUUCUGGUUAAUGGAUAAAGAAAUGUACACACACAUGUCUGUUUUAUCCGAGCCAAAUAUUAUUAUUGAUCGUGGCAUCUCAUUACAUAAAAUGAUCAGACUUAUAACUCACGGCCUUGGGGGAGAAGCUUAUUUAAAUUUUAUGGGAAAUGAAUUCGGUCAUCCAGAGUGGUUAGAUUUUCCCAGGGAAGGAAAUAAUAAUUCAUAUUUUUACGCAAGACGCCAGUGGAAUUUAGUUGAUGAUGAUCUUUUAAAAUAUAAAUUUUUAAAUAAUUUUGAUGCUGCCAUGAAUCAAUUAGAAGAAAAAUACGGUUGGCUUCACAAAGAUUCGGGUUUUGUUAGUUGCAAACACGAGGAUGAUAAAAUAAUUGCUUUUGAAAGAGCAGAAUUGCUUUUCUUAUUCAAUUUUCAUCCCCAUAAAAGUUUUACGAAUUAUCGAGUCGGAGUCGAAUUACCAGGAAAUUAUAAAAUAUUAUUAAGUUCGGAUGAUUCUGAUUACGGUGGUUUUGGACGUAUCGACACGUCACUGACAUAUUCCACAUCGUCCGAGGGUUCACACGGUCGUAAAAAUUCUUUGCUUGUACUCCCGCAAAGAACAAUAGUACCUUAUAUAAAAGCAAGUAAAAUUAAAAAUUUUUUUUUUCUCUAG